GUUCCUUAUAAUAGAGGGAGAUGUUGGCAGUGCAGAAACUGGCGGACUCUUAGCUAAAGCAGUCUUGACCGAGCAGUGGUCGUUGGCUCGUCGUGCGUUGCAUGGCCGUCUCAGCCCUUUCGUGAAUGGCGUUCCAGAAGAGUAUCUUUGAGCCUCAUCUCUGACGGACGGUUGACUCUUUGCUCGCGUGUGACUGAUUGCGCUUUUCUCUACAUCAUCAUUGGCGCUGCGCUCGGAUCCGCUCGUCUUUGUCGGCUGUCGCCAGGCUCACCAAUCGUGUCUCACCCCACACGGUGGCGGUUUCCACGAGAGUCGUGUCGUGUCGCGUGGCACCGGCAGUCACUCGGUGACAUAACAUUGCCCUCGUCGGCUAACCAGUGGCGAAACCAACUGUGCCGCUGCGAGACUGUCUGCGCUCCGUCGACCAAGCAACGCAUCAAAAUCGCGCUCACUUUCGAGACCGGAGCGGCAGAGCCGCGCGGCUGGCGGGUUGGGCGGAGCCGGAGUCGCCCCUCUGUCUGUCCGCGGACGGGCCCGGAGGCGGUGCGAUGGUGCUGCUGCGGACGGCCCUGCUGGCCGCGCUCCUGCUGACCGCCCUGGCGCCGGUCGGAGGAUACGAGAGGUCGCGCCGGGCCGGCAGGCGGCGCGGGUCAAACAGCCCAUCUGACCGAGCCCCUCCUCCGGGGGCCGGCCAGGGACGGGUCCCGGAGUCAACACCGGAGCUGGACCCGGAGCUAGACCCGGACCUGGACCCGGAGCUGGACCCCGAGCUGGCGCAGCUGCUGGGAGCCGCGCCAUUUCCCUCAGCGACCAACAGCUCGGCGCUGAGCCGGUCCCCGAGGGUGAAGCGGACGCUGGUGAUUCCCAACGGUCUGACGGUGGGGGUGAUCCCGCGCUUUGACUACACCGUCUUCACCGACCCCAACGGAGAGCAGCUGGUGGUCAGCGUCGAGGUGGAGAUCGACUACACCUUCCCCAAGACGGCCUCCUCCGGCAAGAGUGCCCUCAACAGGAUGUCGCGCAUGCUGUACGACAAACAGACCAUCUACUCCAGCAUGGAGACCUUAUUCACCAGAUUCGGUCUGGACGGUCGCGCCUGCACCUUGCGGGCCAUCUGUGAGGUCGGAGAGACGCCCGACCACCAGGACGGCAUCGUGGGCGACUUUCUCAGCUAUCUACUGUCGGCGUCGUACGGCGUGGGCGACCGUCCCGAGCUGAAGUCGUACCUGCAGGCGGAGCGGUACGGCCGAAAGUACGGCCACUGCGGCACCACCUUCCGCUCCUGUCCCGUCUCCAUCUUCUCGCUGGUGGCCGACGACAGCGGCGAGGACGAGAGGCAGAGGGAGAAGGGGAGGGACGACAGGCAGAGACAGAAGGGCAGGGACGAGAGGGACAGGCAGAAGGGUAGGGACGAGCACGAGAAAAGGGACAAGCGGCGCCGGCCCCGCACCGGCAGAGCUGAAGGGUCUACCAAAGACGGGAAGGAGGUAAAGGAGGACUAGGGUGGUGUGCUCCGGUACGGAAUAGGUUUAAAGAACAGUAGAGGUUAAUUUCAACAUUUUUCGUACAUUUGCAAGAAAGGAAUAGAAAAGGAGCACAUAUUCGUCGGUUGCCUAUGCGGUUACCGUAGCUAGAAGGUACCGUUGCGACUGGGCCAGUUGUAGCAAAUAUAGGUAGCAACAAUUGAUUAUUUUCUUGAGCGCAGUGGUUGGCACCAUAGGAUGCACCGGAAAUAGAGUUUGUAGGUGUCUAUCUACUCUUACUACCUCUGCAGGUUGUUUUGUGUUGUGUUAUGCUUAUUGUUUUGUAUUUAUUAACAUGCAUCGUUUUCAUAUCCAUAUCGCCUUAUGUUGUUGUUUUUAGGCAAAAUACACUUUCAAUCACGCCAUAA